CCACCACCUCUUCUCUUCCACACCUCUCCUCUUCCUCCAUCCCUCAGUCCUUGCACUGCCUGUCAGAAUUCCCACAUAUCCCCAGAGGAUAAGAUGCCAUGGAGGCCACAGGAAGAACUGUGCUGUGUGCCUGCUCUGCCUUCUGCCUUCUGUUCAUCCUAACAGAGGUCAGCUCCGAACUGAUUCACAUUGAUCCGUCGGUGAGGCAUGUCACUGAAGGGGACUCUGUGUUCCUGUCUGUGAAAACCAACUUUUCACCGGACAAAGCAGAAUUUCAGGGAACUUGGUGUCACACCGGGAUGAGCAGCACCAAGCCCAGGAUUUUGGUGACAUUCACCAAAGAAAAAACAAUCUUAAGCAUGAAGCACCGUGACCACCUCGUCUUCAACAACUCCACCUUUUCUUUGGAAAUCAAGAACUUAAACAGAAAAGAUGAAGGAGAUUAUCACUUGAGCAUCAACAUAAAGCAUGAUAACAAACCAGAAGCCAUUGAGGUGGAGAAAACCAUUCGUGUAACCGUAGAUGUUCCCGUGUCCAAUCCAGCCAUUGAGAAGAGCCCUUCCUAUGCAGUCAUUGAGGACAAAGCAAACGUCACCUUGACUUGUUCUGUUGAGAACGGAACAAGAGUUAUGUUUAAGUGGUUCAGGGAUAAUGUUGCACUGGAUCCCAGUGACAGAUACCACUACUCCCAAGAUAACUCCACACUGUUAAUCAGCCCUGUGAGAAAAGAGGACAAGGGAAGUUAUCACUGUGUGGCCAGCAACCCGGUCACCCGGGGCCAACACAGCAGGGCUGCGGAACUCAACGUCUACUAUGGCCCUUACAACCUUGAGGUGAACUCUGUCCAGGGCCUGCGCACAGGGGAGGUGUUCACCAUCAACCCUGGGGAGCUGGUCUUCUUUGAAUGCCAGGCUGACUCCAACCCACCUAACAGCUAUGUGUGGAUCUCCAAGACCCGCAAUGCAACUCAGAUUGUCACACAGGGCCCUCGGCUAGAGGUGCGCUCCUACAGACUGGCCCAGGCUGAAGAGUACCUUUGCCGUGCCUUCAACAACGUGACGCAGAAGCAGGACGAAGCCCAGUUUACUCUGGUGGUGGCCAGCUUGGGAACAGGGAAAGAGAAGCACACCCAAGAGGGUAACUCUGUAUCACCGCUGGCAGUCAUUACUGUCUGCUCUUUUUUUGUCAUUGGCCUUAUGCUGCUGUUCUUCCUCAGGAGAACCUGUCAUCCAAAGAGAGUGCUUAUGAGCAUUUACAACAAACCGUUUUCAGAGCAGAAACGACCACAUCGUUCAGGUCACGAGGAUGCAACCGAGGACUUUGGCAUCUACGAGUUCGUCUCCAUACCUGGGAAGACGGAAUCUACACAGGCAUCGUGCAGAUCUUUGGCUCGUCUCGAAUCGAUUCAAGAUAUGCAUACUACCAUCUACGAUGUGAUCAGACACGUUCCUGAAACUCCGAGUCACAGUUUGCUGAAGUAAAGUCUGGCUGGAGAGCGGAGAUGGAACUUUAAAUGGUUUAACUUGAAGACUUCCUUGUAGCUUUAUUCUCUUAAGUCUCUGUUAUCAAAGCCUGAAGCACUGGUUUUGGUGGCCUGGUUUUUUGCACAAGGGAUGAAGGAGACUUGUGGGAUUACACAACCUGAUAGUGCACUGCUGUUGACGAGAGUUUUGGACGGAUGUUAAGUGUAUUUUGCUGACAUUGGUGUGAAAUGAAAAUGUAUGUUCAGCUCAUUUUUAUUUUUUCUGUGAAAGCAUAACUGAAGUUAAAAACCUUUUGUUUUCUGUUUUAAGGUGAAGAUUAUAUAAAACUAAGCAAAUUAGAAGUAUUCAGUUUUACCUUAUUUUGAAGAUUUUCUGAUGCAUCCAAGGUGCCGAAAUUGCCACAUCCCUUGAUUUAUUAUUUAAAAUGUAGAUGAAAAAAAAACCCAUGAAUAUUAUCAUUUUAAUUUAGCGUUCCCUGCUGACAGAGUAUAUUUUGUGAGAAGUGUUAUAAUUAAUGCAGUACGAAAUAUAUAUUCAGGUUAACUGUAAAUAUUGUACAUGGAUUAUCCAGCAGAUUCUUUAUACAUAUUAUUCUAUUCCUGUGUUUCACUCUAAUCUAUUUAUUCCUAUUAAAACUUUCAGCCCUGCUUCCCCAAAUGUAGCAUUUUCUCUCUUCUCAUAAUGGACACAAUGAAAUGCUCACUGAAAAGACAAUGAUAAGGAAUUCGUAAUUCAUUAUUGUACAGUUUGCAUUCACAUGUUUGUUUUGUACUUUAUUAAAAAUAUAACUGUUUACUACUCUGGUCAAUUGGAGUAUGCGCUGUUUGCUGACAUCAAACAAGGACAAUGUACUCUAAUCAGCGAAUUCUGCAAUUAUGUCCGUAUUUUUGCUUUAGUUUGCCUUUUUUUUGGUAAAAAGGCAAAAGCAGUAAUGGCUUGAAAUGAACAUUUGUUCUUUCACACUUCCUGGAAAAAAAGAAUAGCUGAAGCCAGCAAAGCUGUCAGUUGUUCUGUUGCUUCACAGUCCGUCUUUGUCUGAUGUCUUGGCUGUAAUCUCUCUCCUUGCAAGAGUUGUGCUUUCAGUCCCAACACUGCUGCAGAGCGCUAGCUUCUUUCAGCCUCGCUGUAUUGGUAUGCUGUGUACCUGAUAGAGAUAGGCAGCGACAGACGGAUGGUUCAGCAUGUGGCGUAGUGCCCUCCACCUGCUCCCGCUGACACCUUGUCACGAGUAGAUAGAAACGGAUGUGCGCUUGCUCCUGUUUGUGUGCGCGCGCAUACAUAUAUGUGUUGUGGACAGAAGAAGAAAUACAGAAAUACAAAUAAAGGGGCAAGCGUGGAGAGAAAGUCAGAAGUAGAGUGAUUCAUUUAGAAAGCGGAGGCCAAAUUUUUAUAUGCAGCUCAUUAGAAAUGCUCCAAGUUUGCCAACCUUGGAGAGUGAAUCACGUAAAGGAACUAUUAUGCAGCUUAUUAUCACCACACUGUUGUAUACUCAUUAUGUGGUACCAUGCUGAGUGCAUCUUUUCAGUGUGUGAAAUGCUAUAGCACAAAAUGCUGGCUACUAUAGUAAAUUAUUAUCAAACUGUAGUUGUUUCUUUUUUAUCCCAUGAACAUUAAAAAACAAAAAAAAAUCUAAGUCUAGAACUCCUGCUGAAUUCUAAGGUGUGACAU